AUGCUUGUAGGGGGCUGUUUGAGGCUAUACUAUGGGCUCUAUGGGGGCUAUGUUGUAGGCUAUAAAGAGGCUACUUGGGGUGAGCUGGCUUGUGUUGUCGCUUGCAUGCUCGCGAGGAGGAAAAGGCUUAAGGAGAAGUACGUGCGCUACUACAAAGUGCUUAGCUUUGUUGCAUUGCGAACAAUGGUUGUCGGUGAGAGUGAGGGAGGCUUUCAAGCAUACGAGUUGGAGCCGGUUCGGGUUGGCUUGUGGGAGGAGUUUCGAAUUACUAGAAGGUUUGUGAGAGGGUUGUUAGAAAGGCUAUGA